AUGGGUUCCACCUUCAAGAACCCGCCACAGGCCCCGCCGCUCUUCACCCAUACACCAGAGACCAUUGUCGGAAACACCAAGAAACUGCUCGCCGCUACGAAGGCUCUACAAGACAAGAUCGUGAAGGAGGUCACACCCGAAACGGCCAACUUCAAGAAUGUUGGACUGCCAUUCGCACAGGAUGACAACAGAAUGGCACUAGAAACCCACAUCAUUGGCUUCUACCAGGCCGUGUCAACAGAUUCCAAGAGGCGUGAUGCCUCUACAGAGGCUGAAAAGCUCAUGGACGACUUCUCAAUUGAGUCGGCCAUGCGCGAGGACAUCUUUCAGCUGGUGGAUGCUGCCUUCAAGAAGCAAAAGGAUGACCCCUCACUUGAUGMUGAGAGCCGGAGGUUGAUCGAAAAGGACCACAAGGGAUACAUUCGCAUGGGUUUGGGCAUCCCAGCUGGCCCGAAGCGGGAUCGCUUCAAGGCUAUCAAGAAGCGUCUGUCAGAGUUGAGCAUUACUUUCUCCAAGAACCUCAACGAGGAGAAUGGUGGGAUUUGGCUGACUCCCGAGGAGCUGAAUGGCGUUCCGGAGGAUGUGGUUAGUGGUCUGCAGAAGGGCAAGGAGGGCACGCCGUCCGAGGGCAAGGUCUGGCUAACAUUCAAAUACCCCGAUCUCUUCCCUGUAUUGAAGUAUGGCACGAAUGAGGAGGUCAGACAGAAGCUCUUCAUCGCAAACGAGAACAAGUGUCCCGACAAUGUGGCAUUGUUCAAGGAGACCAUCGUGCUUCGCGACGAAGGCGCUCGUCUGCUCGGCUACCCAAAUCACGCUACCUUCAGAAUCGAAGACAAGAUGGCCAAGACUCCCAAGACUGUGGAUGACUUCCUCGGCGACCUCAAGAAUCGCCUCGCUCCCGGUGGUGUCAAGGAGAUUGAGAAGCUCAAGGAACUCAAAAAGGCAGAGGGCGGAAACCCCGAGCACUACUUCCUCUGGGAUCACCGCUUCUAUGAUACUUUGAUGUUGCAGAAGGACUUCCAACUCGACCAGAACGCCAUUUCAGAGUAUUUCCCGCUGCAGACCUCCAUCAGCGGUAUGCUCAACAUCUUCGAGCAGCUAUUUGGCCUCCACUUUGUUGAGGUCGAGGGCAAGCAUCGUGACCAGAUCUCGGAGACGGGCAAGGGAGAUGACAUUGUCUGGCAUCCAGAAGUUCAGGUGUUCGCAGUGUGGGAUUCUGAAGCUGACGGUGGCGAGUUUGUUGGUUACCUCUACCUCGAUCUCUUCCCACGUGAGGGCAAGUACGGACAUGCCGCCAACUUCAACAUCCAACCCGGUUUCAUCCAGGAGAAUGGCACGAGACGCUACCCAGCGACGGCGCUAGUCUGCAACUUCAGCAAGCCGACACCCAAGAAGCCAUCCCUCCWCAAGCAUGAUGAAGUCGUCACUCUUUUCCACGAGUUGGGCCACGGUAUUCACGAUCUCGUCUCCAAGACCACUUACUCCCGCUUUCACGGAACUYCGACAGUCCGCGACUUCGUCGAAGCACCAUCUCAAAUGUUGGAGAACUGGUGCUGGACUCCCUCCCAGAUCAAAUCUCUCAGCAAACACUGGUCUUACCUCUCACCAGAAUACACAGAGGCCUGGAAAGCUGCGAACAAGGAUGGCGCCCCUCAGCCAGCAUCCACAAUGCCAGACAGCUUAAUCGAGUCCAUCGUCAGCACCCGUCACGUCAACGACGCGCUCUUCAACCUCCGCCAGCUACACUUCGGCAUGUUCGACAUGGCAAUUCAUGAGCCUGCAUCACACGCUGAUAUCGAGGCACUUGACGCGAGUGAGACGUACAACAAGCUCCGCAAGGACAUCAGCAAGAUCGAUGGUCCGGAGACUCUUGGAAAGGGUUUCAACUGGGGAAGCGGUCAAUCUACCUUUGGUCACUUGAUGGGUGGUUACGAUGCUGGAUACUACGGAUACUUGUCUAGCCAGGUCUACUCCGCAGACAUGUUCCACACAGUCUUCAAGGCGGAUCCCAUGAAUGGCAAGGAAGGCAGACGAUACAGACAUACCGUCUUGGAGCGCGGAGGUUCUCAGGACGAGAUGCAGACACUCGAGGACUUCUUGGGUAGAAAGCCGAGUACGGAGGCUUUCUACAAGGAGCUUGGUGUGGCUUAG